AGACCAAAAGAAAGAUAAUAGGAUAAGGGGUAAAAAAGUCUUUUUAAAACUCAUUUUCUUCCCUUUCACUUUCCCUUCCCCUUCCUCUCAUAUUUGUACCAAACCAAAGAGGUGAAAACUGUGUCCUUGUUCCCUUUUCAGUUUACUCCCCACCAUUUUCGAUCCACUCUCUUUUCCACCCAACCAAACAGACUGUUAAGGUGGUCACUUAGUUUGACAGAGAACAUCAAAGCAGGCAUGGUACUACAAGGGGGCAGUGACUUAAAUCUCAAGGGGCCAAGAAGUAAGAAGAAAAAGAUGGUUGAUACUAGUAAUUGGAGGCCAUGGUCGGAGCUCCAUGAGGUUUUGCUUCAUCUGAUAGCAAAUCAGCUGGGUGCUAUAGACUAUCUUAUGUUUGGCUGUGUCUGCAAAGGAUGGAGAUUGUAUGUUGCAGCUCAUAGGAAAGAGUUUAUGGCAUCCCAACCACCACUUCUUGUCUUCUUAUCAACACAAGCUAAGAGAGCUUGUCAUUUCUACAGCAUCUUUGAUCGAAGGUUGUACAAGGCAAUACUGCCGAGCCUUGUUGGCAAAACAUGUUCCGGUCUUUCUUGUGGGUACUUUGUCUUGGAAGACCGGAAAAAAAGAGCUGAUUCUGAGAUUUGGCUUCUGAAUCCUUUUACAAGACAUGAACUCCGUUUCUCUAGGCCUCCCAAUCCUUAUUCUUUUAUCAUCCUUGCUUCUUUAGCUACGCCUUUGUGGGAGUAUGUAAUCAUAGCUUUUGACAGAUGGUCCCCAUUUUUACAAUUAUGUAGAUCCACAGAUGUUAAUUGGACUGUUUAUAAUUCUGAAAAUUUUCAGGGCAGUCCUACAAACAGUCCUUGGUGGUUUGUAGAUGGAGUUGUCUUCAAGGGUAAGAUAUAUGUUUUAACCGAUCAUGGUGAAAUUGGGGUACUAAACCUGAAUUCCCAUCCUUAUGUGACCCUGCUGGAAAUACAAAGCAUUGGAUGCAGCAGCUUUGAAUUAAAUUUACUUGCUUUUGAUGAGCAGCUCUUCAUGAUUCGUAGAAUUAUGUCAAUUGCGAAAAAAGAAGUUUAUGAGCUAAAUUUUUCGAUGAUGGAAUGGGUGAAGAUGCAGAACUUCAAAGAUCAAGCAUUGUUUCUGAAUGGUGACUAUAAGAGCUCAGGAUUUAGCAACAUAACCAGAUGGAGGGGUAGCCAACAACCUAUUAAUUGCAUAUACAAUCUUGGAAGUUUCCUGGAUGGUAGAUAUCCCGGGCCCUUUCCCAUCAUGGAAACACACCAUAUGGAUAUGAUACACAAUUCCUUAGAUGUUCCAUUGCACAAAAUAUCUACCACAGGUGCUUGGUCAGGUGUUCCAUUCUGGUAUUUUCCUAAUCUAUCUUGCAAUGUGGAUGCUUUCUCUGAUGACUAGUUGGGAUUUCUUAUUGUUCCUGUACCCUACUUAAUUAAUUAUUUAGGCAAGACAUUGAAGUGUUAUAUAUAUAUAUAUAUAUAUAUAUAUUUAUAUAUUUGCUUCUCAUUUCCCCUAUUUGUAACUCAUGAAAUAUCAAUGAAGAGAAUUACCUGCAAGAGGGUAGCUGGUGUCUUCUUCUU